AUGGGAGAAGAUAUGUAUGUGGUCGAGAAAAUUGUUGAUGUCGGCAUAUUCGAUGGAAUAGUGAAAUUCAAAGUGCGAUGGAAGGGUUAUAAAGCCGAUGAGGAUACGUGGGAGCCGGAGGAGAAUCUCGAGUCAGCUCCAUUGGCUCUUAACAAAUUUUUUGUGACGAACCCGAAAAAAGUGGCGAGAGUACGGCAAAGCAUAUAA